GAAGGUGACCUGCUGAAGGGACAUGGGCUUCCGCGCUCGGGCACUCAUCUCCGGGGUCUCCUUAGCCAUUGGAGCCGCGCUCGGAGCCGGGGUAACGGGCUGGAGGUUACGGGGAGAUGCCGGUAUCGGUGGCAUGUGUGUGGAAGCCGCGAGCGAGCUGUCUGUACCCCCCGCAGCCGGUAUCGCACGUUUCGGCCUCCCGGGGUUUAGCCAGUUAAAGAGCCGGGAGUCUCACGUGCUGAGCUAUGAUCCCCGGCUCCGCGGGCCCGCCUGGGUCCUGGAGCAGCUGAACGGCGAGCGGCUACAGGGCAGCGCGGACCGGCGGGGGAGCGAGUUUCGGGAGGACGACUCGGUGCAUCCGUAUCACCGGGCCGCCAACUCCGACUACCGGGGUUCCGGCUUCGACAGAGGCCACAUGGCGGCGGCAGCCAACCACAAGUGGAGCCAGAAGGCAAUGGAUGACACCUUCAUGCUGAGCAACGUGUAUCCCCAGAAUCCUCACCUCAACCAAAAUGCCUGGAAUAACCUGGAGAAAUACUGCCGGGGGCUAACGAAAAGCCAUAAAAAUGUUUAUGUGUGCACCGGACCCCUCUUCCUGCCCAGGAUGGAACCCGACGGCAAGAUGUUCGUGAAGUACCAGGUGAUCGGUAAAAAUAACGUGGCCGUCCCCACACACUUUUUUAAGGUGGUGGUCUUGGAGAAGUUCAGUGGAGAAAUCGAGCUGCGACCCUACGUAAUGCCAAACUCCCCUGUGGAUGAAAAGAUCCCACUGGAUCGCUUUCUGGUGCCCAUAGAGAGCAUCGAACGUGCGGCGGGGUUAUUAUUCGUCCCCAAUCUUUUGAAAAGUACCAACAGCCUAAAGGCCAUCAGCGCCGGUGGGAAGUGACCAGGACUCCUCGAUCAACCUCUCUACUGGACUAGAAGACCGUACAAUCAAGCUGCUAUUUCUAAGUCACUGUGAAGCAACAUUUAUCCUUAAUGCCAGGAGGCAGCAGCCGGCGUUUAGAAGAGUUAUGCUCUAUAAAAAGAUAUGAAUGUAAUACAAUGCUAUUUAUUACGUGGCUACAUUAAUAGAAUGACAAGGAACAUCGCUGGGUCCACCUGUAUAGCAAUGACUUCCUACCCCACUGACAAAAUAAUGGUAUGGUUCCGCAGUACAGAGGAUCUUCAUUGUAAAGCUCUAUAAACUAUUUGUUUUCUUAAAUAAUUUACAUGUCAUAUUAAAUAUAAAUGUAUAUUUUUCUUUACCAUUGAUGUAUUAAACUUUAUUGCCUAAUAAAUCGGGGUAAGAUACAGACAAAUGCAAUCUUUCCCAAAUACCUUUUAUUUGGAUAUCGAGAAUUAUGCAGUAAGCGGGACAUGGACAGAUUAAGGUUUAUAUUGACUUAAUCCAUUUGUUGGUGAUAAAUCUGUUAUAUAAAAGGUGAAAAAAGUCAAUGAAA